AUGUCAGCUGGCACAAACUUAGUUGUCCCCGUCAUAUUAUGGGGAAAAUCUCCUCCGACCCAUUGCAUUUCGUGUAUUUAUAUUUCGCGGGAUCAAAAAAAUAUUGUUACGGGUUGUUAUGAUGGACAAAUUUGCUUGUGGCAGGUUGACCCAGAUACAUUAAAAAUGACACCUAGAUGUUUGUUGGUUGGUCAUACAGCACCCGUUCUAUGUAUAACAAGAGCAAGUGUCAUUUUAGACAAUAAUUUUAUUGUCAGUAGUUCUGAAAGCGGUGAAAUGUGUACAUGGGAUUUAGUCGAUGGUAAAUGUUAUCAAGUUAUGAAAUUGCACUAUGUGCAUACAAACAUACAAGCUUAUCAAAUGGCAGGUUGUGAAGAUGCAAGGCUCUUUUGCAGUGGUUAUUAUGCUGAAGUUUUAAUUAUGAAUCCUUUCAGUUUAGAAAUAUUAUUUAUGCUUAGUUCUAAAGUUAAUCCUGAUUGGAUAUCUGCUCUUCAUGUAUUAAGACCAGUAAGAAGAAAAGAUGAUGUAGUUUUGGGAUUAACAACUACUGGAACAGUUAAAGUAUGGACAUUGCAGGGAAAUGAAACUAAAGCUGGAGAACCUUAUUUUGAAAAUGAAUCAAAACAAAUUAGAUGUUUAAAUGCAUUAAGUAUGCUCUGCUGUGCUUAUAACCAAAGAACUGUUUUAAUCGUCUGCUCAAAAUAUUGGCAGAUUUAUGAUGCUGGGGAUUUUUCUCUCCUUUGUUCUGUGCCUGCUCCUUGCGGUGAAAGAUGGUUGGGUGGAGAUUUUUUAAGUUCUGAUAGAAGUAUUCUUUGGUCUGAUGAAGGAAAAGGCUACUUGUAUAAACUUCCAAACAACGUAGCCGAAUGCAAAGAAUUUCUUAGUCAACGCAAUGUUGCAGACAAUCCCGUACUGUACUCCGUACUAAAAGUCGAAAACGACAAGCCAUUAUCUUGCCCUCCGGCUAUGAGCUACCACGUAUUAGCAAAUCAAACUCAACAAGCAGUUGUUAAAUAUCUUCUUCGAGGUGAUUCACUCGGGAGAAUUCACAUAUGGAAAAUCCCUAAUGUUUCUGCAAAUCAAAUAUCUCAACUGCAGCAAGAAAAAUUUGAUAAACUUCCAAGCAACCUUUUCGAAGCUUGGAACGCUAUGAAACCGCGACCCGUUGGUAUUCUUGACCAACUGGAUCGCAAUGAAGAAGUCGGAAUUAAGUUAACCGCCAGUAUAUAUCUACCGCAGCAAAGUAGACUAGUCAUUGGCCGCGAAGACGGCUCUAUAAUCAUAGUUCCUGCAACGCAAACUGUUAUGCUUCAAUUCCUUCACGGGAAUCAUCAACAAUAUGACGAUUGGCCUCCUCAUCAGUUAUUGUUGGGACACAAUGGAAGAGUCAAUUGUUUACUAUAUCCUUACCAUGUUGAUACCCGAUACCAUAAAUGUCAUCUAGUCAGCGGCGGUGUUGAUUUUGCAGUUUGUCUUUGGGAUUUAUACAGUGGAAAUUUACUUCACAGAUUUUGUGUUCAUGCCGGUGAAAUCACACAGUUAUUAGUGCCACCAAGUAAUUGUAAUCCGAGAAUUCAAAAAUGUAUUUGCAGUGUGGCAAGUGAUCAUUCUGUCACAUUGUUGGGUUUGACAGAAAAAAAAUGUGUCGUUUUGGCUUCUAGGCAUUUAUUUCCCGUGGUGACGAUUAAAUGGAGGCCGUUGGAUGAUUUUUUAAUCGUAGGAUGUAGCGAUGGAACAGUUUAUGUUUGGCAAAUGGAAACAGGUCAUUUAGAUAGAGUAUUACACGGCAUUAGCGCAGAAGAGGUUUUGUACGCGUGCGAUGAUCACAUGAGUGAAUCGGCAACGUCGGAAAUGGGUUUGUCGAAUCCUGCGAUACAUUUUCUAAGAGGUUUAAGGCAUAGAAAUUUACCAGCCAUCCGACACGCAACUCAGAGGGGAUUACUCCAGCUUCAACAAUUACAUCACCACAACAAUCAAGAAGGAGGAGACCAUCAAAAAACUCGAGCGUUUCCGUUGCUCAUUCAGGGAUUACGAACCAAUAACAAAGAUCCGGAGAGUCAUAUUUUGUUUUUCGAUAUCGAGGCAUUAAUAGUGCAAUUGUUAAGCGAAGAAUAUGGAGCCAUGUCACCGGGUACUCUCGAAGCUCACGGUUUAAUUAAUCAAAGCGAAUAUCAAAAGGUUGCCGCUCUGACGCAAUCUGCGAGUCCGGAUGCUCAUAAAAAAAUUGCAGAUUUUUUCGGAAAAGUUAAAGACAAAGCGGAAAAUGUAGAAAGAAUACUAAAGGAAAAGGAUAAACACGGGGUUUUGGAAAAAAUGAAACAAGGUGCGGAUAAUUUACAAACGAAACUUCAAGCCAAAGCUGAAAUUGCGGAUGGCGGAAACGAAACGAAUAAAAAAUCUCGGGGAUUUGUCGGAAUGGAACAAAACAUCACAAUGGAAAUAGCUCAGUUGCUUCUUUCUCUCCUUCACGCUUGGGGCAUCGACAUGGAUUUGGAUAAAGUAUGCGAAGGUCAAUUGGGCCUUUUGAGACCCAAACUUCCAGUUUCGUUUGGAGUCCUUUCAAAGGGAGGUUACAUGAGUUUGUUGCUACCGACGUGGCAACCUGGAAACGUGAACGAUUUAGAUGUCGAACCCGAACCCAGCAACAGCACUACGACAGCCAAAGCCGCUUCUAAUACAAAACCUACAGCGUUGGAAAAGUUGACGAGACUUUUCACGGCUCGAACGCAUUGGGAAUUGAGCACGACGUUAACCAGCAAUCACCUUCUUGCCAUAAUUGCUUUAUCCAAUACAUUCAUGUCUAUGAAUAAUGCGACGUUUGUUCCCGAACAGGAGCGUAACCGAAGGCUUCACAGGCAAAACACGAUAACGGCGUGGAAUUUACAAAAUAAGGCUCAAACGGAAGAAAACGAAGAACGUUACACGUCUCAACAAGCUCACAGUAAACAGGGAUGGUCGCUGUUGGCAACGUUGCAUUGCGUUUUACUUCCGGAUAAAGUUGAAAUGAGAGGAUCGAAAAAUUUUAAAAGGCCUCAAGUGGAAAUGUUGGCCAGAAGGUGGCAACAUCAUUGCCUGGAGGUUCGGGAAGCGGCACAAGCUCUUCUUCUAGCCGAGCUUGGAAGGUUAGGUCCCAAAGGACGGAAAAAAUUAGUGGAAGAUUGGUCUCAGUAUUUACCCAAAUAUGCAACGUUAGAGCCUCAUCAACAAAUUCAAGCUAGUCAUUUGCAAUCCGUACAGCAGCAUAAUACUCACGCCGAACAAGGAAAUCAGCCUUCGACGGCUGCUGAGCUGAAGAGAAAAGAAACGACAGCCGUUGUUUUAUUGGGAGUCAUAGGAGCGGAAUUCGGACAAGAUACAUCCGACGGCAGGAAACAGGAAGACAGGAGGAAAAGUUCGGUUGCUGAAGGAUUUAACAUAAACAAUAAUUUGGCGCGACAAACGAGUUUGGCUUUGACUCAUCUUCUGUUGGCACCUCCGUCCUCGAAACUUCCAGCGCAUACUCAAUUGAGACGAGCAGCCAUAGAUCUCAUAGGAAGAGGUUUUACCGUUUGGGAACCAUAUUUGGAAGUCAGUAAAGUUCUUUUAGGUUUGCUUGAACUCUGUUGCGAAGCCGAUAAAUUGGUACCCAGCAUGACUUACGGCCUUCCUUUAACACCUGCCGCAGAUUCCUGCAGGACGGCGAGACACGCUCUCACAUUGAUCGCAACAGCCAGACCGGCAGCAUUCAUAACAUGCAUGGCUCGAGAGGUUGCCAGGUAUAACACGAUAGCUCAAAAUGCUCAAGCUCUAAACGUCAAUCUUAACAAUUCGGUUCUUCAUCGGGCAAAACCGGAAAUACUGAGAGGAAUCGAAUUACUCAUUGAUAAAAUGCAAAGUGGAAUAUCUGAUCUCUUGGUGGAGGUAAUCGACAUAAUAUUACACUGUUUGGAUCCGGGACAUUUGAAAAACAAACCUUUGUCAGAAGUUUUUCCAGCCGUUUGCAGGUUCAAUCAAGUGAGUCAUUGUUUUUCGACUCGUCGAAUCGCUGUCGGAGCCAAAAGUGGUCAAAUCGCUUUGUACGAACUUCGUUACAUUAAAUGCCAGAUGAUACCUGCUCACGAGGCGGCCAUAACCUCUGUCGCAUUUUCUCCAGAUGGUAAAUUUUUGGCAUCUUACAGUUGCGACGAAAAUCGUUUGUCUUUUUGGCAGACGUCGACGGGAAUGUUCAGGUUGGGUACGACGCAAACGAAAUGCACCAAAUCCUACAGCACAUCACCGAUACCAGAUUCGACUCGUUUAAAUCCCAUGAAAGUAGCCAAACUCAUUUGGAUCAACAGCAAAACCGUUACCCUCAUGCUUGCAGACGGUUCCGAAACGAGAUUCACAGUUUAA